AGACGAGAGGGAGUAGACCUCAAAGAAGGGAAGAUGGCGAGGGGUAGCAGAAGCCUGCUCAGAGCUGCCGAGUGUUUAAAACAGAUACAGUCCACAGCUGCCCGGGAGACACAGACCAGACACCUGUCAUCAUGUGGGAUUCUGAUGGCGCGUGCUCCCCAGCUGCAGUGCCCCACUAUGCCAGGGCGCGUCAUGGCGCUGUCCGCCAUGCCAUGGCGCGUCAUGCCGGUGCCCGUCCGCGGUUUCUUCAACCUCGCUGGGUCCUUCUCCAAGAAGAGGGAGUACUCUGAGAGGCGCAUCAUUGGGUUUUCCAUGCAGGAGAUGUACGGCGUGGUGGCCGGGGUUGAGGACUACCGCCACUUUGUUCCAUGGUGCAAGAAGUCUGACGUGGUGUUCAGGAGAGCGGGCUUCUGCAAGGCCAAACUGACAGUGGGCUUCCCCCCUGUGGUGGAGAACUACACCUCAUUGAUCACCUCCGUGCGCCCCCACUUGGUCAAGGCCUCCUGUUCAGAGGGUAAGCUGUUCAACCACUUGGAAACGGUGUGGCGCUUCAGUCCCGGCCUCCCUGGGUACCCACGCACCUGCACCGUUGACUUUGGCAUCUCCUUUGAGUUCCGCUCGCUGCUCCACUCUCAGCUGGCCCACGUGUUCUUCGAUGAGGUGGUGAAGCAGAUGGUGUCGGCCUUCGAGCGCCGCGCCUGCUCGGUGCACGGUGCCGAGACCCGCAUCCCUCGCGAGCUCAUGUUCCACGAGGUCCACCACACGUAGCAGGGGAACCCCCCCCCCCCCCCCCCCAGUACACACACACACACACACAUGUAUACACAUACACAUACACACACACGCACAAAGGAAGUGAGACUGGACAGAAGAGAUCAAUGGUCCCGCUGUGUGUGUGUGUGUGUGUGUGUGUGUGUGUGUGUGUGUGUGUGUGUGUGUGUGUGUGUGUGUGUGUGUGUAUAUUCAUAUAUAACUAGCCCCACCAAACAAAGUCAACACAGGGUUAGUGCCAAUGGGAAAAAAUCACAAACCUUUCACGGCUGUUCUUUAAAUGUUUAGAAAAGCUUAUUGUUACAUUAUGUGGUUGGAUUUAAUUUCCUUGUUUUUCACCCCUAAAGAAAAUUCUACUGCGAAACUGGCCAGAUUUGCACACUCAGACUAUGAGUUUAUAGAGGUGCUCUCUUCAAAACUAUGGCAGUAUGACACCUUUCUCUUCGAUCAUUCUGACUGUGUGCAACGCUGGAUGACCAUUUAUUUCACACUGUGUUUAUAUUUGAUAAUGUGCAAUAAUGGCUUUCAAAAUGAUCAUAGAGUAAGCAAUAAUAACCACUGUCUUAAAACAAAAUGGACCCAAACUGGCUAGACAGUGACCUGGGGCACCUGGACUCACACCUGGUCAUGCCAGAGAGCUGUGUUUCAGGGAGGGAUCGGAUGCUCUGCAACCCAAUGACAAUUCCAACAUUCAAACCCAACUUUUGUAUUUUGAACAUUUGUUUUAAUAUAUUCAUUUAACAUAUUUAUUGGUAUGGUAAGAGUUGUAAUGUAUAUACCAAUAUCAAGAUGCAAGAGAAAUGUAUAUAUUGUACUGCUAAACUAUAUAGGAUAUAUAUUCUUAAGUUUCUUUAAUGUUUGGAGAUUGUUUAUCUGAGCUUAUUUUUGUGUUAACAGAAUUGGAUUGGAUUGCCUACAUCUACUGACUGCAUGAUAAAACUAUUUUUUAUAGAAAAACUGUUUCCUUUGUGUUCUUUCGUGCCUUUGUGCGUUGCGGAGUGAAUCCAUACUAUUUAAGCCCAGGUCAGGGACUUGGGGUUCUACCACAAAUAGACUCAUCAUGUGAAAGGUAAGAAUAGACCUGAGUUUGGAUCGCUGUUAUGACAGAAAUGCAAAGGUCAAGUUGGAAAUGCAUAGCAGCAUUUUGCCUCUCCAUUCACUACCUCCAAAUACAUUUACUUUAACUUUCGAUGCUAAAAUAUGCUUUUGAAAGAUGUGAUGAACUUAUGUAUACUUUUUGUGUAUACCUCAAAGGCAUACACAAACCCUUAAAGGCUAUAUUAUAUUAGGAAUACAUUACCUUUUUCCAUUCAACUGUGGGAGAAUUGUCAAGUUCGCCACCUAAAUAAAGAUGUUCAAAUAUAUCCAGCAAAUCUAAAAUGUACUGCAGCUAUGAAAGACAGAAUGUGCACUCAUUUAGCCUGUGUUGUGUGGCUGGUUGAAGGAGUAACAUCUAGUAAAUAACCCAAUUUCAUACUUACAAAAAAGCAAGUAGUUUAUAUA